AUGCCCCACGAGCCGGGAAGCCCUUACCCAGCCGCUCCGCCCCCUCCCCUGCUGCCCAAGCCGGCCAAGGACAACCUGCGCCUUCAGAGACUCCUCAAGAAGGCAGCCAAGAAGAAAGUCAGCUGCGUAUCGCUCCGGAGCGGCUCCUUCCGGGCCUCUUUGUCCCCAGUGAGUGAGGCCAGCCACGACCAGGAUGCCGCCCCGCAGCCUCGGCCAGAGACCACCAAAGCCCCCCCGGCUCUCCCCGACCCCCCUCGGACCCUGGUGCCGGCGAGCCGCUCGCCCUACAAGCCCGUCAUCCAGCACGUGGCCUCCCCGCUCCAGAAGAAACCCUUCUUCAAGCUGAGCGAGCAGAGGAGCCUGGCCGAGCACUUCAGGGCGACGGCCCCCCCGGUCCGAGCGCCAGGCCCGGAUGCCCCCAAGCCCCCGGGCAGCUCUGCUCCCGUCGUGGCCCCCAGGGAAGUGACGCACGUCAGCCGAGUGCACAUCCACGUGCAGCCCGCGCCGUCCCCCCGAUCACCGGCCCCUGCAGCCAACCUCGCCGCGGGCAGCGGGGGGCACGGAGACCCUCACAGGGCAGAAUACGAGGCAGGAGUGGCCGCUCCCAAGCCAGCGGUCACUCGCCAGCCUAUCCCAGUGGCUCUCAUCCAGCCUCUGACCCCCAACACCCAGGCCACGAGCCCCUGCCCGGCACCCCCGUCGGCCACCAGGCUCUCCCCCAGUGUGGAGGCCGCGGCCCCCAGACAGCUCAUCACCAAGAUUGUGGUGCCCAUCGCCCCUAUCCACAGGUCUCCGGGGCCAGCCCGUCGCAGCCCCCUCCCCAGAAACCCCUCAGCCCCAACGGAGCCCCCUCCCGUGCCCCCCAAGCCCAGCAGGUUUGCUGCUGCCUCUGACACCAGGCAGCUUUCCGGCCCUUCCAGGGCCUUCACCCCGGAGCCCCCAGGGGCCCCCGUCUCCCUGGUCUCCUCUGGGCUGAGCCGAGCCCCGGCGGGGGAAGCGCCUAAAGCGACUCCAACCCCGACCCCCAGAACCCGCCCCAGCGGCUGGACACGGCUCAAGAAGCAACUGAUUGUGGAGCCUGGUGUGCCCGCCUUCCCAGAGACUGAGGAUGCCCCGGGGCAGCCGGGGGGGCAGCCGGAGGGCCAGCAGCCGGGGGGGCAGCCGGGGCAGGCCAGCGAGGGGCCCGAGGAGCCUGCAGCCGGGCCUUCAGCCCCUCGGCCCCUGGUCUCUCGAGCCACCAAGAUGUGGGACGCCGUCCUGUACCGCAUGUCUGUGGCCAAGAGUGGCGAUCGGCCGGAGGGCGCCAAGGAAGGAGCCAGGGCACCGCCGGGAGGGCGCUUCUUGCCCUUCUUGUACCGCCCCCGGUUUGAUGCCCGGAAACUCUGCGAGGUGGCUGCCCAGUCCCCCGGCCAGGUCCACAGUGUCCCGGGAGUGAGCCUGAGACCCAGUGUGGCACCCAAGAACUUCAACAGGACCGCGGCGUGCUGGCGGCUCAAGUGA